AUCCCGGAAGUGCCUCAUAUUUAAGCAGAAAGUAACAAUACAUUUUUAGGAAAUACGAUUUUACAAUGAAGACUAAUAUAACUACGGCCAGUUUGGUUUAAUAUUUGCUAAUUAAGAUUACUUUAAUAUCGAGCGGUAUUAUAAACUUAUUUAGAGUGUUGAUAGUUCGAGGACAGUAGUGUCCCGCGUUUCAUGUGCUGAAACAAGAAGUCAAGACUGCAACAUGGCGACCCCCAUGCACAGAAUUAUUGCACGUCGGCAAGCGGAGGCAAAUAAACAGCAUGUUCGUUGUCAGAAGUGUCUGGAGUUUGGACACUGGACAUAUGAGUGCACUGGCAAACGAAAAUACCUUCACAGGCCGUCAAGGACAACCGAAAUGAAAAAGAGGCUCAAAGAAAAUGAGAAUAAACAGGUCCACACCACAGGAUUGGGAAAGGAAGGCUCCAGUGAGAGAAAAACAAAGAAGAAAAGGUCAAAGGAUGUUAGUGAUAGUAGCAGCAGUGAUUCUGACAGCUCCUCGAGUGACUCAUCAUCCGACAGUAGUGACUCGUCCAGCUCUUCGUCGGAUGACAGUGACAGCAGUAGUGACAGUGACGACAGUUCUAGCUCUAGCAGCUUAAGUAGCUCAGGCUCUGAUUCUGAUUCGUCAAAAGGCAGUGACUCCGAUCAAGGUCCUCCCAAGAAGAAAAAGAAGAAGAAAUGAAGGAGAUUUAUCGAGGCAUUAACCUGACUCAAACUGACCAUGUAGAUGUUUAGGAGAUGACGAAGUAUAGAGUGUAAAUUGUAAUUAACAAGCUGUAACACAUUUUGUACUUAACAGAAUGUUUUUUUUUUUUUCCUGUCCUGCAUUUCCCCCUUGUACAGUCAGUAAAAAAAUGUGGUGUACUCCAAACUUUGCUUCAUAUCCAAGUUAAUAAAUUCUUCUAGAUUUGAGUGUGAUUUUUAAAUACUUAUUGUAUUUCCUCACUCUAAUCUUUUUUUGUGAUCAAUAAUGUACAGCUAUGGGGACACAGUAUAAGACAUUUGCUACUGAGAUGUAAUUCAGAAUAUCGAGACUUGCAGCUGUACACACAUUUACCCUUUUCACGUGCGGGCUCUAACUGUACCACAAAGGUUUAAUGUAUUUUUACAGGUACAAUUCUGGAAUCCUAACCAAUUUUUGUAAAGCUUGGCUCUAUUUGUAGUGUGAAAAUUGCUAUUGAUUCUUUUGAUAUUAAAUGUUUUUUCCC